GAAUGAUAAAUCGGUUACUUUGUGACAGAGCAUCGGUAGCGUAAUCUCAAUUUGCUCAGUUCACCGAAACUUCUCUGUCUGCUCCAUUCUUUCGGACCUUUCAUUUCUCUCUCUACACUGUUCAGCAUUCCUUCUUUUUUUUUAGAAUGAACAUCGGCAACAAUCCACACCUCGGUUAUAUCCCCCUUGUUAUCUUCGUCCUUGUCUUCUGAUGUUUGUCUUUCUUCUUUGAUUUGAGUAUUUAAUCGCUUUGUUUGGUGGUUAUUAUCCAAUUUUGAAGACGAGGGAUUGAAGAAUGGCUGCGAUUGUUCGUACUGGAGUGUCGGUUGUUGUCGCGGUGAUGAUGAUUCAGGUGGCGACUGUUUUGUGUGGGUUUCCGGCUAAGCUGACGUUAGAGAGGGCUUUUCCGACGAAUCAUGGCGUCGAAUUGGCUCAACUCCGUGGCCGGGACCGGAUUAGACAUGGUAGAAUACUGCAGUCUUCUGGUGGUGUUAUUGAUUUUCCUGUGGCUGGAACCUACGACCCGUUUCUCGUUGGGCUUUAUUACACUAAAGUUCAACUAGGCAAUCCCCCAAAGGAUUUCUUUGUGCAGAUCGAUACUGGAAGUGAUGUUUUGUGGGUUAGCUGUAACUCUUGCAGUGGCUGCCCAGAAACUAGUGGGCUACAGAUUCAGCUCAAUUUCUUUGACCCUGGUAGCUCAUCAACAGCUUCUUUGGUCUCUUGUUCAGACCAAAUAUGUGCUGUUGGAGUUCAAUCCUCCGACUCAGCCUGUUUGGGCCAGAGCAAUCAAUGUGCUUAUGUCUUCCAAUACGGUGAUGGAAGUGGAACUUCGGGCUAUUAUGUUAUGGACAUGAUACAUCUUGAUAUAGUAGUUGAUAGUGCCAUGACUACAAAUUCUUCAGCUUCAGUUAUGUUUGGGUGUAGCACAUCACAGACUGGAGACUUGACUAAGUCAGAUAGAGCAAUUGAUGGGAUCUUCGGGUUCGGGCAACAGGACUUGUCUGUGAUAUCACAACUGUCUUCACGAGGAUUAGCGCCGAAAGUGUUCUCCCACUGCUUGAAAGGGGAUGAUAGUGGUGGGGGAAUAUUGGUCCUCGGUGAGAUUGUCGAGCCAAAUGUUGUUUAUACGCCUCUAGUACCAUCACAGCCCCAUUAUAACUUGAAUCUGCAGAGCAUCUCUGUUAAUGGUCGAGUAUUACCUAUCAACCCAGCUGUCUUUGCAACAUCAAAUAGCCAAGGAACCAUAAUUGACUCCGGCACUACUUUGGCAUACCUUGCUGAGGAAGCUUACGACACUUUUGUUGCUGCUAUCACGAACACAGUUUCACAAUCGACACAGUCUAUUGUUCUCAGGGGAAAUCAGUGCUAUAUGACCUCCUCCAGUAUCUCUGAUAUAUUUCCCCUAGUAAGCUUAAACUUUGCCGGUGGUGCAUCAUUGGUAUUGAGACCCCAAGACUACCUGAUUCAACAAAGCUCUGUUAGUGGUACUACUGUUUGGUGCGUUGGUUUCCAGAAAAUUCCGGGUCAAGGGAUUACAAUUUUAGGGGACCUUGUUCUGAAAGACAAAAUCUUUAUUUAUGAUUUGGCUAAUCAACGAAUUGGAUGGGCUAACUAUGACUGUUCGACGUCGGUAAAUGUUUCUACAGCUACCAAGACUGGAAAGAGUGAAUUUGUGAACGCAGGGCAGCUCAGUGACAGUGGCUCUGUGCAGAAUCAGCCUAACAGAGUUAUUUUACUAAGCAUUCUUGUAUUGUUUGUUAAAUUAUCCAUUUUCUCCGGCUUCCUUCACUUAUAGCGUCUAGAGAAAAAAGAUUAGAUUUGUCAUUCUUUCGCUGUAUAAUAUGUUCAGGUGCCAACAUAUAGUUAUAAUAGCCAUUGAGCCGACGUAGGUCCACUCAUAGUCUCCAUUUCAAUCCUUCCUUUUCCCCCUUGAAUUAACAUUAUACUCUCCACUAAAAUUGGUCUCAGCUGCGUUGUAAAUCUCUUCAUAUGAACUAGUCGGUUCUAUAGAAGUUCAAUUUAUAAGAGAUUAUACUCAUUGUUCUGAA